AUGGUGUGCGUCGACAUGACGAUACCCGACUCCGUGACCACCGGUCACAGUCUUGGUGAUACAGCUACAGCAUCCGACCAUGACGUCUGGGCUGACCUCGCAACCUCCUCCUCCUCCACCCACCAGGACCAGGUCCGACCUCGUACCGACCAAGCCAAUGGAGGAGCAAGCGCCAGCAUGCACGCUCCCGCUCAUCUGCGGCUCAACAACGAUGCUCAGUCCGUUCACGAUGCCUCAGGUUUCCCUUCCAUCGGCUUAUCUGCUCGGCUGACCCGCGACAGCUCCUCCUUCGGUGCAAAGCCAGCUUCUGGAGCUGCGAACGCUCGCAGACCCAAGUUCGCGCCGUACGAGGCCGAGAAUUUAUGGGCAUCCUCUUCCGCCCCUUCCCAGCCUCCCAAGGUUUCGCAAAGCACGCUUUCUGCAAAAGCCUCCGUCUUCCAGCCAGCCCGUUAUGUGCAACCGCAGAGCGAGACCGACGAUGGCGCUCAUGAUUUCGUUGACCCACUCACGAGUACACACAGCUCCAACACGGUCUCACCUGAGCCUCUCCGCGCUCCCCUCGACCAUUCUGAGCCGCAUCAGUCCGGCAUGCCUCCUGAUCCAGCGGCAGAAGCUAUCGAGCAAGAAGGCGACGAAACAAUCCGACAUCAGAACGGCAUGCAGGCCGAACAUGCCCUAGAAGGAUCAGUUGCGCCCGCAGACGUCGAUGACGGGGACGACGACGACGACAAUGAUGAAGCUGCCUUUGUGUAUCCAGGAGCCGGCCAUCACAGUGAAGACCAAGCAGCGAUAUCAGGCGAGCAAGAAGAUGUCGCCGACCCUGCACCUAUCGCCACGCUGGGAGAUUCCGACAAAGAGCCACAGCAGCCUUCCACGAGCCUCGCAUCCUCCCCAUCUCAACGCAACAUAGCUGCUGCGAGCGUGCAAGAACAGCCUUCACUAGACCAUGUUACGAGCCUCGAAUACGACGCUUUGGCCCAGCUUUGCAGCCGCGGUCCGCUCUCCGACCUGCAGUCCUUCUUCCAAACAGCUCAACGAAAUGGCACCUCUAUGUUUUCGCUCGCCAACGACCCUAAUCCGGGCAAUGGUCUCGUUCCUCUACACUUUGCGGCCAAGGAAGGCAAGACCGAUAUUGCGCGCUGGCUCAUCACCGAAGCAGGCGCAAUCGUAGAGAUGGAGGAUCGCGAAGGCGAGACCGCCCUCCACAAAGCCGCCAUGGCAGGCAAGCUUUCCGUCGCCUCGCUCCUCUUGUCUCACGGCGCAGACGCCAACGCUAAAGAUGCAGAUGGCUGGACUGCACUCCACAAUGCCUGCAGCAGAGGCUAUCUCGACCUAGUGCGUCUGCUCGUUGAUCGCGGCCGUGCCCAUAUCGACAUCCAAGGUGGCAGAGGUGCGUGGACACCGCUCAUGAACGCCGCCUCCAAAGGUCACCUUCCCAUCGUACGUCAUCUCACCUCGAAAUACCAUGCCGACCCUUUUGUGCGAAAUGCUGCCGGAGAGACCGCCUUUGACGUUGCAGCCGCCACCUUCGAAGUUUACAUCUGCGAGAUUCUGGAGCGGUACGAAGCCGAACGCUGGAACGCCUCUAAAUUCGCCCCCACGGCUCUUUCUCGAGCAGGCGGUAUCAUUCCAGGACGCGGUCCGUACGAGCCGCUCGCCUUGCACACGACCGUGCCUAUCAUUCUUCACGAGAAUCAGCGACUCGACACACGUCUGCAGACGCUCGCCAUGAAUGGGGCCAAGCCGCGAUGGAGCUCCUCGAGCGCAGCCCGCGCGCACAAACCAGACAGACGUUCGCCGAGCUCCAUGCCGCCGGGACCUCUGGCGCCGAGUCGCACGCGUCAUACACCCAUGCGUCAGGACGACGUAGGUCUUCCCACGCGCUCAGUGCCGUACAAGCUGCGCCUUCGCACGCGCCUGAGUCCAGCGGCUGCACGACGACGAGGAGCGGCCAUCGCGGCGCAACGGGCAGCGUCCCAUGCGCACACCGGCCACGACGACGACAUGGCAAGCACACCUACACCCGAAUCUGUGCUGCGAGCUCGUCGCAAUGCUUCCAGCGCUGAAGCACCUUCUUCUCAAGAUGGUCAUGGUGACACCUCCCACUUCUGGCUGAGUGAAUGGCAAUUGGAUACAACCCACCCGCUCGUAGAUGUCGAACACGGCUGGCAGUACGCACAGUCCUUUGACGCGCUCGACGACAAGUGGUCGUCCCAGCCACCACCGCCGCUCGAGCGUCUGCUCGAAGGACGCGGUCUCAGUGCAUCUGUCACGAGGGCUCUCACGGGAGGAGCGGGCAUGGCCAGCGCACAGGCCGAGCAAGAGGCUUCCUCGAGCGGAUGGGUGCGCCGCAGACGAUGGAUCCGCGUGCUGCGACGUCGUCUCGACAUCGAAUUUGGUGACGAUCUGGAAGCGUGCGAGGGUGCCAGCGCUGCCGGCCUGGAGCGCUCGGCAGCCAGCGAUGGUUCUGACGCUCAUGGAGGCGUUGGCCAUGGCCUCUCCACCGCGGCCAUCAUGGCUGCGCAGGAGGCUGCCAAGCUGGAAUGCUCGCAGCUUGGUCCGGACGCCGACUACGUUAGUCGAGCCAAGGCACUUGCUGGCGCCAGCGCCGCUUCUGGCGCGACACCCGCCGAUGCAAUCGGCGCCGAUCGCGACGAGCUCGCAAGGCGUAUCGCUCGUCUAGUCAUGGCCAACACGGAGCUGCGUGCGGCGUUUGAAGACGAUGACGUCGAGCGCAGGAGCCGAGCCGAAGAGUUGCGCAAGGAGUACACACUGCAACUCGGUCAGCUGCGUGAAGCAACGGGUCUGGACGAGGAUGAGGACGAAGAUGCGGGGGACGAUGACGACGAUGAGUUCAUCUAUCCCAACUCGUACAAGGAUGAUGGCGCGUCCGUUCCCACGCGUCUGGUGAACGGCGAGACUUCAGGCACGCUCUCUCGGCCUUCGCUUGCGCAACGACAGAGCAGUGCCGCUUCGAUGCUGCGCAACAGCGUCGCACCAUCCGAGGCAGGGACGUCGCUAGCUGCAGCAAGAAGCGCCGACCUUGCGGCGAACCGUGAGUUCCGCGUGCCGACCAACGAGGCGCCUAACAAGGUGACGCUGCGCCAAGGUCCGGCGAUGCGCGAGCAGAAUUUGCAGCCGCAGUGGCAGCGCGACGAAGAGGUCAAGGACUGCCGAGGUUGCGGUCGUCACUUCACAUUCUUCCUGCGCAAGCAUCACUGUCGACGUUGUGGGCGCAUCUUUUGCGACGCAUGCUCGUCGAAGCGCGCACAGCUCAGAAUGGCCGAGAUCGUGGUGGAUCCGAGCCUUCCGGGCAUGGCAGCCUCGGAGGUGCUGGCUCCGACGCGAGUCUGCAACGGGUGCCAUGCUGAACUGCAACUACCUCCUCAGCUGCAGAACAUGAGGGGCGGCGAAGCCAUGAUGGCUGCCUCACGUGCACGGGGUGUGGGAGACACUUCUAGUCGCUCUGCUUGGGAGACGCAAUUGGACGACGGCGGACCUCGAACGACGUUGGCGCCCCCGAGCGAUGUCUCGAGCCGGGCCAGCGAGCUGACCGAGUGUCCCGUCUGCUCUACCACGCUCUCGGCGCUCGGCGGAUCCGAGGAGCAGGAGGCCCACGUGCGAAACUGUCUCGAGAACGGCGGAGGUGGGAGCAUGCAGGGUGGAAGAUACUUGGUCUACAAGCUGCCCGAAGACUCGCCCAUCGUAGGCAAGGAAUGCUCCAUCUGCAUGGAGGAGUUCGUCGCCAACAGCACGAUUGCGCGCUUGCCGUGCCUGUGCUACUUCCAUCGCGGCUGCAUCGAUUCUUGGUUCAAAAGAGGUCGCGAAUGUCCUGUCCAUGCUAGAGCUUGGUAG